UAAAGGUUUCACUUCAAACGCAGGACAGCUGGAGGAGAGCAAUGCUUUGGGCUGCUCCUGCUCCUGUGCUUUUAGUUGUGUUAUUAUUACUUACUGGAUUGAGCUGUGAAUUAAACCACCAUGAAAAUAAGAGGCAGAAACGAACCACUUAUGACGAGCAGCCUCGUUUGUCCUCAGAGCAGGGCAAUUUGGUGUUCCAUGCUGGCUCCAGCAAAAAUAUUGAAUUUAGAACUGGACCACUGGGGAAAGUAAAAAUUAAUGAAGAAGACCUUGCAGAACUUUGUAGUCAGGUGAGAGAGAGUCACUCAGAGAUUCAAGAACUUAAAAAAGCCAGUGGUGCCUCUCAGAACAUGUCCCAGCAGGUUGCCCUGCUGACCUCCAAGAUCAUGAAUCUUGAUAACCAACUUCAAAGCUUAGAGCAGACUAUCCAGAAGAGAGCCUGCAGUAGUAACCCAUGUGAGAACUCAGGGACCUGUGUAAACUCACUGGAUGGUUUCUUUUGCCUCUGUCCCAGCAACUGGCAGGGUCCCCUGUGCUCAGUAGAUGUGGAUGAAUGCCAGAUUUUUGCUGGAACUGCAUUAGGCUGCCAGAAUGGAGCCACUUGUGUGAACACACCAGGCAACUACAGCUGCUCCUGUACUCCAGAAACCUAUGGGCCUCACUGCGCCUUGAAGUUUGAUGACUGCCAGGAAGGAUCUGAGGUUCUCUGUGAGCAUGGCCUCUGCAUAGAUGAAGAAAGGGAUCAGCACAACAGGCCCAAGUACCACUGUAUGUGUGACAGUGGCUGGAUGUCCCCUCCUGGCAGCCCUGCCUGCAGUGCUGACAUAGAUGAAUGUAGCCUCCCUGAUCAUCCAUGUUCACAGGAUCCAUUUGUGCAGUGCCUCAACACUCCAGGCUCCUAUUCGUGUGGUCCCUGCCCCACAGGCUGGCAAGGAAAUGGCUACAGUUGCCAAGACGUUGAUGAAUGUGCAAGUAGUAAUGGAGGCUGCUCAACAGCACCAAUGGUUCAAUGUAUCAACACAGUUGGAUCCUUCCGCUGUGGGCUCUGUCCGCCAGGUUAUGAGGGAGAUGGACAAAGUUGUACCCAGGUUGAUAUCUGCUCAAUAAAUAAUGGAGGGUGCCAUCCUUCGGCUACUUGUACCUCAGGUCCAGGACUAAUGCCAUUUUGUUCCUGCCCGCCUGGGUACACUGGAAGUGGAUAUGGGCCAAACGGGUGCUCUCCUCUCAGUGAUAUCUGUCAGCUGCAAAACCCUUGUGCAAAUGGGCAGUGCUUGGCAAUGAUCUCUGGAUACUUCUGCCUGUGUAAUGGGGGCUGGACAGGCCCUAACUGUACGGAGAACAUUGAUGAAUGCCUUAGCAACCCAUGCCAGAAUGGGGGGAGCUGCACUGAUGGGAUCAACGGGUACUCCUGUGAGUGCACCAGCGCCUGGACAGGACCACAGUGCCAGACUGCCCAGCAAGUUUGUGGAGGAUAUCUCUCAGGCUCCAGAGGGACUUUCAGUUACCCUAACAAUCCAAACAGCCAGCGGUACAACAGCGGGGUCAGCUGUGCUUGGGUUGUUCAAACUACUCCCAAAUGUGGUGGUGAGCUGACAGGUACUUAUGGCUCGAUAAGCUCUCCAGGAUAUCCUGGUAACUAUCCUGUAAACAGAGAUUGUGUCUGGACCAUCUCAACCAGUCCUGGCCUCCUCAUCACAUUUGCUUUUGGCACGCUAAGCCUAGAACACCAUGAAAACUGCAGUUUUGACCAUUUAGAGAUUCGAGAUGGUCUUCUUUCGCAAGACCCUGUCCUUGGUAAAUACUGUAGCACUCAAUCUCCACCCCCACUCAGAACCACUGGUCCCUAUGCAUGGAUUCACUUUCACUCUGAUGACUCGGUUACUGAUAAAGGCUUCCACAUUCUCUAUACAACAUCUCCUGCAGAUCCAAGUUGUGGAGGAAAUUACACAGAGAGUGAAGGGGUUAUCACAUCCCCUUUCUGGCCUAACCCUUAUAUCAGCAGCCGACAAUGUAUCUACGUUAUCCAACAGCCAGAGGAUGAAAAAAUAUUCCUCAACUUCACCCAUAUGGAGCUGGAGAGUCAUACUGGUUGUUCAGCAAACUAUAUAGAGGUUCGAGAUGGUGACAGUGAGACAUCUUCUCUUAUUAGCAAAUUCUGUCAUAGUACACUCAUGUCUCCCAUCACUUCUACCAGCAACAGUCUCUGGAUCAAAUUCAAGUCUGAUGCUUCUGUGCAAAGAGCUAGCUUCAGAGCCGUUUAUCAAGUUGUCUGUGGAGGUUCCUUGUCUGGAGCAGGCACAAUCCAUUCACCUUACUAUCCCAGGGUGUCCCCUCACCCGAAGAUCUGUGAGUGGAUCAUCUCCCAGCCAGCUGGUCAAGUGGUGAUUCUUAACUUUAUCGACUUUGACAUUCGAAAUGCAACCACUUGUGACUCAGACUACGUUGAGGUCAGAGAUGGCAACAGUGGAGACUCUCCUGUUUUGGAGAAAUACUGUGGUACAACUGUACCAUCUACAGUGCAAUCCACAGGGAACAACCUCUAUAUCAAAUUCAGAGCUUCCUCUCUCACCAACCUUGGCUUCAGAGCUGAGUACUGGCCAUUAGAUACAGUAUGUGGUGAGACUCUCACUGGACCAUCGGGAACCAUUACAAGUCCUGGUCAUCCAGAUGUCUAUCCACAUGGUAUUAACUGUACCUGGAUUAUCAACGUUCAACCCGGCUACCUUAUCCGCCUGACAUUUACUUCAUUUAACUUGGAGUUUGAUUAUGGCUGCAGAAGAGAUUAUCUUGAAAUAUAUGACAACAGCACCGUGCAAAAAUUGGGAAGGUACUGUGGAAGAUCAGUGCCACCAUCUCUCACUAGUGGUGGCAACAUGAUGAUGUUGUACUUUGUGACAGAUCAUAGAAUGGCAUCUGAGGGCUUCUCAGCUAAUUAUGUCUCCCUGAAUGCAUCAAAAGUUUGCUCACACAACUACAGUUCUGAAGUUGGAGUGCUAACAUCUCCCAACUAUCCCAAUAACUACCCUGUCCGGACUGAGUGCAUAUACACCAUCACAGUGGGAAUGAACAGACAGAUUGUGCUCAACUUCACCGACUUCAUCUUGGAAGGGAAUAAACGCUGUACAGAGGAUUAUGUAGAAAUCAGAGAUGGAGGCUAUGAAACUUCUCCUCCUCUUGGAAAAUACUGUGGUACAGACCUGCCUCCUAUUAUAAUCUCUCAUGGUAACAAGCUGUGGAUAAAGUUUGUAAGUGAUGUAUUUGGCACCAGAAAGGGAUUUUCAGCAGAGUGGGAUGGUACAGCAGCAGGUUGUGGUGGGACUUUGAUGACAGCUUCUGGCAUCUUCAUGUCUCCCAACUACCCCAUGCCAUAUUACCACAAUUCAGAGUGCUACUGGUUCCUCAGAGGAAGCCGAGGAAGCCCUUUUGAAAUCCAGUUUGAGCAGUUUCAUCUAGAGUAUCACCCGAGGUGCACCUUCGAUUACCUUGCGGUAUAUGAUGGCAACAGCAGUAAUGCUAGACAGCUAGGUAAAUUUUGUGGGAAUCAGAUACCAGAACUCAUCCAUUCCAGUGGAGACAGCGUGUAUGUAAAACUAAGGACAGACAACAGUCUGCAAGGUGGAGGUUUCUUAGCCAAAUACAAACAGGUUUGCCAUGAAGUACUGACUGUUAAUCGUAGCCAUGGCAUAUUGGAAAGUUUAAAUUAUCCAAAUAAUUACCCAUUAAAUGAGCACUGUAGCUGGACUGUCCAAACUACCACAGGGAACACUCUCAACUAUAGCUUCACGGCCUUUGAUUUAGAAGUUGGAUUGGACUGUGAUCGUGACUUCUUGAAGCUCUAUGAUGGGCCUAAUGUACAAUCCAACCUGAUAGGCACUUUCUGUGGACAGUCUCUUCCACUGGCAGGGAGCACUACAGGGACCAGCCUUCAUGUGGAGUUUUAUUCUGAUGGACUGAAUGCCAGAAGUGGCUUCCAGAUGCUGUGGCAUGUUAAUGGCUGUGGAGGAGAACUCUCUGGCCCUUCUGGUUCAUUUCACAGCCCUGGCUACCCCAGCAGAUACCCAAGCAACAGGGAAUGCAUCUGGUAUAUCCACACAGCACCUGGCAGCAGCAUUCAACUCACCAUUCAGGAAUUCGACAUUGAAUAUCACCCAAACUGCAACUAUGAUGUUUUGGAGGUCUAUGGUGGCCCAGAUUUCCUCUCUCCUAGGCUGGCCCAGCUGUGUGUUUCAAGAUCAGCACAAAACCCACUGCGAGUCUCUACCACCGGCAAUUCGGCCAUUGUCCGUUUCAAGACAGAUGCAGCAGUGACAAGGAGAGGUUUUAAUGCCUCCUGGCAAGAAAAUCCAGGUGGUUGUGGUGGUGUUUUCCAAGCUACCAAUGGAGAAAUCCAUUCUCCAAACUAUCCUCAACCUUAUAAUAACAACACAGAUUGUUCUUGGGUUAUCCAAGUUGACUACAGCCACAGAGUGCUAUUGAAUUUCACGGAUUUUGACAUUGAAAAUCACCAUUCAUGUAACUAUGACAAUGUUGAAGUAUUUGAUGGUCCUAACAAUGAAGCACCACUUCUUAGAAAACUGUGUGGAACAGAGCAUCCUCCUCCUAUCACAUCCUCCAAGAAUCUGAUGUACAUCCGACUGCACUCUGAUACAACCAUCCAGCACAGGGGCUUCAGUGCUCGCUUCACUGAAGCGUGCGGAAGUUUCAUAGAGUCAGAUUCAGUUGGGGCAGCAAUUUCCUCUCCUCUGUAUCCUGCCAAAUACCCAAACAAUCAGAACUGCAGCUGGAUUAUUCAGGCUCAGGAACCAUUCAACCACGUCACCCUCUCUUUCAUUGACUUUGAUAUUGAAAACAAUAGACGAAACUGUACAACGGAUUUUGUGGAGAUUUUGGAUGGGGAUAACUAUGAGGCUCCUCUGCAAGGCCGUUACUGUGGCACUACUAUACCACAUCCUAUCACUUCUUUUGGUAAUGCCUUGGUGGUGAACUUCAUCUCCAACAACAACGUUACUGCCAGGGGCUUCCACGCCACCUAUGCUGCAUCAUCAUCAUCCUGUGGGGGUACUUUCCACAUGGACAGAGGAUCUUUCAACAGCCCUGGCUAUCCCGAGCCAUAUCCGCCCAACAGCGAGUGUGUCUGGACAAUUCUCAGCUCCCCUGGCAACCGGCUCCAGCUGUCCUUCAUAGCAUUUCAGGUGGAACAUAGCGAUGGCUGCACCAAAGAUUACCUGGAGAUUCGUGAAGGGAACGAUACAGGCACACUGUCAGGACGAUUCUGUGGGAACUCCUUGCCUUCAAAUUAUACAUCUACUGUUGGACACGUCCUGUGGGUCAAAUUUGUCUCGGACAGUGAAGGCACUGAUGUUGGCUUCAGGGCCACAUUCUCUCACUUGUAUGGAAAUGACAUCGUAGGAGACAGAGGACAAAUAGCUUCACCACAGUGGCCCAGAAGUUACCCUCACAAUUCCAAUUACCAGUGGCGAAUAAGCGUUAAUGCUUCACAAGUUAUCCGUGGCCGUAUCCUGCAGAUGGAUAUCGAAAAUCAUCACAGCUGCCAGUAUGACAAGCUAAAGGUGUAUGAUGGGCCCACUGUUCAUUCUCGUCCCAUUGCAACAUACUGUGGUGCAGACCCUGCUUCUUUUGCAUCCUCUGGCAGUUCGAUGACAAUCCAGUUCCAGUCAGAUUCAUCUGUGACUGGAAAAGGCUUUCUUUUGGAGUGGUAUGCAGUGGAUGCUUCUGCUGUUACACACACCAUUGCUAGAGGUGCAUGUGGAGGGACUGUAACAACUGAAGAAACACCUUCAUUCCUCUUCUCACCGGGCUGGCCCAUGAAUUACAGAAAUCGUGCUGACUGUGUGUGGCUUAUCAGAGCUCCAGGAUCCACUGUGGAAUUCAAUAUCCUGGCACUAGACAUAGAAUCUCACAGAUCAUGCAACUAUGACAAACUUAUCAUCAAAGAUGGAGACACGAGUCUUUCCCCAGUGCUGGCUACUGUCUGUGGACGAGAACCUCCUGGGCCAAUAAGAUCAACUGGAGAGGCGAUGUUCAUCCACUUCGUGUCAGAUGCACGUGUCACUGGAGCUGGGUUUAAUGCCUCUUAUCAAAAAAGUUGUGGAGGCUAUUUGCACACGAGCAGGGGUGUGAUAGCAUCCCCCAACUACCCUCAAGACUAUGCUCCUAAUCUGAAUUGUUCCUGGCAUGUAGUGGUAACCGCUGGAUUUAUCAUUGCUGUUCAUUUUGAACAGCCUUUCCAGGUUAAGAGUGAGGAUACUUCCUGCAGUCUUGGAGAUUACAUAGAGCUGAAGAAUGGGUUAGAUAAUGCUGCUCCACCUUUGGUGUCUGCAAGAGGGAAUGGACGGUUUUGUGGAAGCAGCCCCAUCUCAACCAUGUACACCACAGACAAUCAGCUGUUUGUCCACUUCAUUUCUGACAGCAGGAAUGAGGGUCAAGGAUUCAAACUGAUAUAUGAAGCUAAGAGUCUAGCUUGUGGAGGGAACAUUUAUAUCAAUGAUUUCAACCCCAGUGGAUAUAUAUCUUCCCCCAACUAUCCGAGCAAUUACCCCCCGCAUGCUGACUGUGUCUGGACCAUAACUGCUCCCAAUGGACAUGCAGUAGAGCUGCAAUUUGAAGAUCAGUUUUACAUUGAACCUUCACCAAACUGCACUACCAGCUACCUAGAGCUCCGCAGUGGUGCUGACACCACCGCCCCUGUCAUUGCCAAAUUGUGUGGAGGUUUGAUGCCAGGCUCGCAGAGAUCCUCAGGAGCUGUCAUGUACCUGAGGUUCAGGUCUGACAGCAGCGCCACACACGUGGGAUUCAAUGCUAAAUACUCCAUUGCUCCCUGUGGUGGGACAGUGAUAGGACAAACCGGCAUCAUCGAAAGCACAGGGUAUCCUGACGUUCAUUAUCAAGACAACCUGCUGUGUGAAUGGUUUCUGCAGGGUCCCAGGGGCCACUAUCUUACCAUCAGACUAGAAGGCCUAGAUAUUCAAAACUCCUCCGAGUGCACAAAUGACUUUGUGGAGAUCCGAGAAUACAACGCUUCCGGAAAUUUGUUGGGCAGGUACUGUGGUAAUACUCUCCCUGAUGCUGUGGACACCUCUGACAGUUUUGCUUAUGUCAAGUUAGUCACUGAUGGAUCAGUCAAUGCCCAAGGAUUCAGACUGCGCUUUGAUUCCAGUACUGAAGAAUGUGGUGGAGAUCUUACUGCCCCUGUUGGAACAUUUACUUCACCCAACUAUCCCAACCUAUACCCACAUAACCGAGUGUGUGAAUGGAGGAUCACAGUGGAAGAAGGACGACGUGUGACUCUAACCUUUAAUGAUAUGAAAACUGAAGACCACUGGAGCUGCUCAUCAGAUUAUGUGGCUGUUUACAAUGGCCUUAGACAGAAUUCUCCCCGGCUGGCCAAGCUGUGUGGAGAGGUAAAUCCAGGCACUGAGGUGAAAUCCACUGGAAACACAAUGAAAGUCAUUUUGGUGACAGACAUGUCCCGUGCAACCAGAGGUUUCAGUGUCUCGUAUACAUCUAGUGAAGAUGCAGUUUGUGGUGGAAUCCUGGUGGGACAUGUAGGUGGGAAUUUCUCCUCUCCUGGUUAUGAUGGCAUCAAAAAUUACACAAAUAACCUGAACUGUGAAUGGAUAAUUGAAAACCCCUCCCACUAUAAUUCAUCCAUUUAUGUGUCUUUCGAGGAUUUCCACUUGGAACAUCACCAGAACUGUCAGUAUGACUACCUAGAGCUACGAAUAGGGGAUGCUGAUGGAGAGCUAAUAGCCAGACUUUGUGGUCAGGCUGCACCAUCUGUACCAUUAGUCAUAGCUGCCCCACAGGUCUGGGUACACUUUUUAAGUGAUGAAAACACAGAAGAUAAAGGAUUCUUGGCCCAUUACACAUAUGAAGCCUGUGGUGGUAUACAGUCAGGCGAAAGGGGAGUUAUCUCAAGCCCUAACUACCCAGAGCCUUACAGCAGUCUGACUCACUGCUCCUGGUUGUUGGAAGCCCCUGAAGGUGAAACUGUCACUCUUACUUUUACAGCCUUCCACAUUGAAAAUCAUUCACUUUGUAAGUGGGAUUCUGUUACUAUCCUGAAUGGUGGAUCUCCAGGGUCUCCUGUCAUAGGAAAGUAUUGUGGAAACACAUCCCCUGGGACAAUUCAGUCUGGUUCCAGCAAACUACUUGUCAUCUUUAACUCUGAUCACUCAAUUCAAGGAGGUGGCUUCUAUGCAACAUGGACAUCAGAAUCUUUAGGCUGUGGUGGAAUCAUUCAUUCUGAUAAUGGUGUGAUCAAAUCCCCUCAUUGGCCUCAAAACUUUCCCAUGAACACCAGAUGUACAUGGACCAUCACUGCACACGAAAGCAAACACUUGGAGAUGACCUUCCAUAGUAACUUCCAUAUUCCAGAUAGCGAUGGAAGCUGCCAGAGCAGUUACGUGAAGGUGUGGAGAGGAAAGGAUGAAGAAGAAACAGCUUUGUUAGCCACAGGAUGUGGAAGGUCAGCUCCUGAUCCUGUUGUUGCUCCAAACAAUGUGAUAACUACAGUAUUUCAGUCUCAGGAUACUCCUGCACCAGGUUUCUCUGCAUCUUUCAUAAGCAGAUGCGGAGUAAAUUUCACCAGCCCUGAAGGCCGUAUUGUCUCUCCUAACUACCCCCGUCAGUAUGAUAACAACCUGAACUGCAACUAUAUCAUAGAUCAGGGACCACAGUCUCUGGUGAUCCUAGAAUUUGAAACUUUUCACUUGGAAGCCCCAGCACUCCUGAGCAGAGCUUGUCUUUAUGAUGGAGUGAGCAUCUUCAGCGGGAUGAGCGUGGCCGCGCAUCCUCUCAUCACGCUCUGUGGUAAUGAGCUCCCUGCCCCAGUCAGUGUCUUUGGACCUAUGCUGCUCAACUUCUACACAGACUCCCACAUUGUAGGCUUUGGAUUCCAGGCAAGAUACAGAACACUUGCUUGUGGUGGCAUUUUCAGUGGCUCUGUUGGUGUUAUCUCCAGUCCGGCCCAUUCAGUUCUUGAUUAUCACAACAACAUGAACUGCUCAUACUACAUCACAGUUGGAAAUGGCAAAGUAGUGGUCCUCAAAUUCAACAGCUUCCAGCUUGAAAUAUCUCCCUCCUGCUACAAAGAUUAUGUGGCAGUAUAUGAUGGCUCAGAUACCCAUGCUCCUCUCCUCGGGAAAUUCUGUGGCUCAGAACUGCCUCCCAAUAUUAAGAGCUCCAGUAAUAACUUGUUCCUGGUGUUUAGCACUGACUUCUAUGGAGCAGACAGGGGAUGGAAAGCAUCUUUCAGGGAGACCUUAGGACCUCAGAAUGGCUGUGGUGGUUACUUGACAGCUUCAGCUUAUACCUUUGGCCCCCCAGUCUCCAAUGUGACCAGAAGAUAUGAGAAAAAUCUGGACUGUGUGUGGACCAUAAGUGCACCUGUAAACAAACUGAUCAACCUCACCUUCACUUCAUUUGCACUUGAAGCACAGACUGCUCAGAUUUGCCGAUAUGAUUAUGUCAAACUUUAUGAUGGAGAUAAUGAAAAUGACAAUUUAGUUGGCACAUUCUGUGGAUCUACAGUGCCAGCUCCUUUUCUCUCUACCCGUAAUUCCUUGACUGUGAAAUUUGUCACAGACAAUUCUGUGGAAAGGGAGGGUUUCAAUGCUACCUACGUCACAGUGGAUCGCCUGUGUGGAGGAAUAUAUAAUGCAACUUCUACAUCCCUGACUGCAACAUCUCCUAACUUUCCGAAUGAGUAUCCACCAUUUACUCUCUGUACUUGGGUCAUUGAUGCCCCUCUGCAACAGCAAGUCAGGGUAGAGGUAGAGGCCUUCCACCUCCAUUCCAGCCAGGACUGCUCUCAGAACUACCUAGAGCUCCAGGACUCACCAACACAUGGCCAAGGGUCAGUCCAUAGAUUCUGUGGCGCUGAAACUUUUCCAAUCCCCAAAUUUUAUUCUUACGAUCGCACUGCCAUCGUGACGUUCAAGUCAGAUGAAUACAUGAUUAAUAACGGAGUCAGAUUUUCCUAUCAAGCUACAGGUUGCAGCAGAGAGUAUAAUCAGUCAUUUGGUUACCUGAAGAGCCCUGGCUGGCCUGGUCGUCACCCCAAUAAUAUGGAUUGUUCUAUCAUUCUACGAGCUCCCCCAAAUCACACAAUAUCUCUCUUUUUCCAUGCUUUCAGUUUGGAAGACAGUAUCCACUGUUCACGUGAUUUCCUAGAGGUCAGAAAUGGGAGUGAUGUGCAAUCACCACUACUUGGCAGGUUCUGUGGAAACACUGUGCCCAGUCCCAUCUUCCCCCAAAACUACGUUGUCUACCUUCGUUUCAAGAGUGAUUUUUCAGGGGCUCAUGAUGGAUAUGAAAUUACUUGGACUUCAUCGUCAAGUGGAUGUGGAGGAACAUUAUAUGGCACCACUGGCUCUUUUGCCAGUCCCAGCUACCCAGCAACUUACCCCAACAACACUGACUGUGAGUGGGCCCUUGCUGUGCCCCAGGGACGAAUUGUCACAGUGAACUUUGAUUUCAUCAGCAUCGAUGACCCAGGGGAUUGCAGCAGCAACUAUCUGAUCCUCUACAAUGGGCCAGAUGCCAGCUACCCCCCUGUCGGGCCAUACUGUGGGAUGGAUACAAACAUCGCUCCAUUUACUGCUACAUCUCAUCAAGUCUAUAUAAAAUUUCAUGCUGAAUAUGUGACUUUACCAUCAGGAUUCCAGUUAAGCUGGGCAAGCUAGAACACUGUUUAUGAGAAAUACAUAUUACCAUUCCUUGCUAUACUGAAGAGAUUUUAGAUUAUAAAGGAGGUUUGAAAUCCAGUGAUGACAACUGCAGCUGAAGUAAGGCCUUUUAAAAGUUACUGUAAGUGUUACUGUUAUGAAUUUAGGAUUCUGUCAAAAAAAAGAAAAAAGUGAUCUCCUGUUGUACUGACAAUAAACUAUUAUCUACCCAGGGAAAA